AUGCCUCCAAACCUGGUAGUCGCCCUUGCAAAGCUGCUGCAAGAGUACGGAUACUGGCUGCACUCUUACAUUGAAAAGAAGCCAAGACGAGUUCGGUUCAUGCUGUCCGCCUGCAAAGUCAACUCGGCGCCACAUUUCGCUCUUUCGCACGACGGGUCCAUCAACAAACACAUUUCUCGCUACGAAAUCACUGCUGUCUUCACUCAUCCAGACGCUGUUGUCGACGUUGUUCUGGUUCACGGCCUCAACGGAGACCCCGAGAAGACAUGGACAUCUUCUGAUGCCAAACGCGUCUUCUGGCCUGCCGAGCUACUCCCCCAGUCCCUGGGAAAGACCCGCGCCAACAUUUUGGUCUACGGCUACAACGCGGAUGUUUACACAACAGGAAAAAGUAGCAAAAGUGCCAGCGACAACUUCAUCUCCCAGCAUGCUCAGACUCUGGUCACCAAUCUCACCCUCUACCGCAAGAGCGAGCGCACGUCCAAUAACCCCAUCAUCUUCGUCGCGCAUAGUCUAGGCGGUCUCCUGGUCAAGCGUGCCCUGCUUUACUCCAAUGAUGUCAGAGACAAGAACCAAGAGGACGCCAGGUCCAUCUUCGUCUCAACUUAUGGAAUCAUCUUUCUAGGUACUCCCCACACUGGCUCAGACAUGGCAACAUGGGGGCUCGUCUUGCAGAAAAUGGCAGAUGCCAUAGCACCAAGAAAAGUAUUCGAAAGCGAAUCCGUCCUCCUCAAGACGUUGAAAAAGGACAAUGAGACGCUGGAAAACAUCAAUAAUCACUUCCUCGAUGUCUACCAGCGGUUUCAGAUCCAUAUGGCUCACGAGAACCACAAGACGGAUGUCAAAGGCACAAAGAUGCUAGUGGUUGACGCCAAGUCAGCAAGUCCGCAACUGCCAGGCGUCACUUACUACGGUAUCGAGGCCACCCAUUCUGGCAUGUGCAAGUUCAACAGCACCAGCGCGCCUGGAUAUAGAAAUGUAUCGACCGCCAUUCGCGACUGGGCAGAAGAAGCCCCGCCAGUGAUCCGAACUCGCUGGGAGAUCGAGAUAGACGACAGGAGAGCGAGAGCCCAGUCAGAAGCAGUCGAGAGGAUGCAUUUAAGUAACGCCCUAUCGACACAAGUCUCAUCGCCGACUGCCAUUGCCGACACUAUGGGCUUCUCUCCAUUUGCCUCGGUGCGGGAAUCGUAUACGCCCCGCCCUAUUUUUGUCCACCCUGACCGAUUUCGGCCCAAUUCGUUCUUCAAAGGGCGCCAGGACGAGCUCCGUAGUCUCCACAAGGUGUUGACGGACGCCAAGAGACGAUCAGAAGGCACUUCUGCCGUGCUGAUUCAGGGCAUCCCCGGGGCUGGAAAGACACACUUGGCUCGUCAGUAUGUAUUCAACCAUAAAGACGAUUACCCGGGUGGAAUAUACUGGAUCAGAUCGACCAGUCUGCAAGACAUGGAGGAUGGGUUUUGGCACAUCGCGAAAACGGAGGCUAUCAGGGGUAUGGCUGCCCAAGAAGAGAAGAAGGACUUGUUGAACCCUCAAAAGAUGGUCGAGAUCGUUCGGAAUUGGUUCAACGAAUCAGAAAACUGGCUCCUGGUGUUCGACGGCAUCCGUUUUGGCGACAAUGCUGUGCUCGACUUCAUUCCCGACAGACCAAACAGCAGCCUCAUCUAUACGUCGACAGAGCGCGCCGAGGCUGGUGCAUAUCGUCUGGAUAAUCCGAGCAUCAUGAAGCUAGGUCUUCUUCCAGUUCAAGACGCGCAGGAAUUGUUGCUCGAAGAAAUGGGAAAGAAACAGCCGUAUACGACUGACGAUCUCAGGCGGGCCCAAGACUUGGUGCAGCUGAUGGGCCGUCUCCCCUUGAUGAUCCAUGCUGCGGCAUUGCAAAUGAAUGUAACACGAGAGCCCCUCGCCAAGUAUCUGAAGUCGUUCAGAGACAUACCGAGAGUGGGAAUUCUUCCCGCCUACAAGACAAUCCGAGACCAACUGCAAAAGCGAGGCGACGUCGCCGCUCUAAAUCUCAUAUACAUACUCUCUUUCUUCAGCCAGUCGAUGCCAGUCGAGAUGCUGGCACUUGGACUGAAGGCUCUCGAUAAGCGCACACCGGUGAAGACGGAAACCACACGCCACAAGAAAAGCCUGACUCAAACUUUGGUCACGUUAAUCAACUUUGCCCUCAUUGAGCGAAACGAAACAGACGACAUUCCUUCCUCCAGCUCACAAAGCACUCGUCAAAGCGUCGAGCUCAUCCCCGAGCCAUUGGAUACGCUCCGUGUGCACAGCAUCGUACAAGCAUUCUUCAUGGAACUUCUUGCCGAGGAGCGGCAGUUGGAAUUCUGGUUAGAACGCGCUGUCCGAGUCUUCUGUCAAUCACUCGAUGAAGCCGAUGCCAGAAUGGGUACCGACCCCGAUACCGGCUUGCCGGAUGACUACCGGCAAUACGUAAGACAUGGAAAAAAGCUGAUGGAGCAUCUCGAUCGUCACGGCCAUUCUCACAAGCAUCACAAAGCCAAGGAGCAACCUAAUUCGCAACGAGACAACCCGGCAGACUUGGUUACGGCCAAAGCUGAUCUCGAAAGACGUCUUGCAAAACUUCCGAGAGAAAUUGACAAGCUACAGAAAGCCGUAUCAACAGAUAUCGUAGACGGCAACAAGACCGCCACGCACUCUUCUGUAUUCGAACGCACGUGCAGCAUAUCGUCGCAGUCAACAGAGGCUUCCAACGGCACGAACUUACCGAAUCGCACUUAUUCGGAGGAUGUCGAGUGCGAGUCUCCGCUUCCCUUCGUUGACCCGAAUCAUUUCCACAUGCCGUAUCGUUCAUUUCCGGAGGACAAUGAGCCCCGGGCCGAAGACGAAAGAUCCGAGGAUCGGACCAUUACUCCGUAUCCUCCGGAUGUGGUGGAGGGCCCGAACCCAAAUUCUUCCGAGUCGGAGUGGACCGUUGUUUCCAAGCACCGCUCUUAUCAGUCGGGAGUCCGCCCGCGGUCUCAUCACUCCACCUCAGUCUUCUAG